AUGUUCAUUCUUUCCGAGUUAUCUGACUUGAUCCGAGUCCCGCCUCUGUCGUUCAACAUCCCUGUUCAUCAUGUUCUAAAAGACGAGCUCCACAAGAAAUACUCGAACAAGGUGAUUUCAAACUUGGGCUUGGCCGUUUCUGUGUGGGACAUUAGUGACAUCAAAGACGGGCUUCUCAAACCGGGCGACGGCGGAGCGUAUGUGGAAGUGCGGUUCCGGAUCAUCGUAUGGAAGCCUUUUGUUGGCGAAAUCUUGACUGGCUGGGUUGCCGACUGCUCGGCAGAGGGAAUCAAGGUUCGCAUGGGGUUUUUCGACGAUAUUUUCAUUCCCAAAGACUACAUCUUCGAAAGCUGCACGUUCUCGCCCGCAGAGAAGGCGUGGGUGUGGCAGAUGGACGAGGAAACAAAGUUGUACAUUGAUGUGAACGAGAAGAUCCGCUUCCGGGUCGAGGAAGAGGUGUUUGUCAAUGUCAAGCCAAAGACAAGUUCCGAGGCUUUAGGGCUUGAAGAACAAACGAACAAGGCUCCGCCAUAUGCGUUGAUAGCAUCGUGCCAGACCGACGGAAUGGGCUGUGUCUCUUGGUGGGACUAA